UCAGAGCCGCGCUUCCGCAUCCCUCCUUGCGGAACGUCCUCCGCACCUCCCAGCCAAUCCUACCGCUUGGCAGUGCUCGCCGACCCUGGGGUGUUGCUUCAUCUUGACUCACAAGUCCUGAUUCCUGGUCUCUGCCUUCGUGACCUGCCCCGAUCCCUCUUCGCGGUUCUGUUCCUCCCUAUGUCCCGCCUGACCCUGGCUGCGACUGCCCUCGGUCUCAUUCCUUCCCAGCCCUGUCCCAACCCGGGAACACCUGUGCCCCGCCCAAGCCUCGUCCCCCAAAGCCUGUCCUGAACUUCUCCAUCAACUCCUCUCUAGAGCACCCCGUCCAAGUUCCCCGUGCCCCGUACUUGUGGUGUCUCACUGUGACCUGCCCCAUUUUCCUUUUUUGGACCAUACCUGUAAUGUCAUUGGUGGAGGGAGCUCUCGCUCAGGACCUUGCUCUUCCAGUGCAGAGCUGCGAGUUCUCAGCGAUUUCUAAUCUUAGUUACCCAGAGUCGAGCAGCCCAUAUGUAUGGGGGCAGGAUUUGGAUCCUGGUGUCUGCUAACCCUGCUUCUUCUGACCCAGCCUCUAAUACGAUGGCUAAUGAUCUUGGGAUUGGUUUCUGUUGUAAACCUGUGAUAAAUAUCAGAUUGCCAGAUGUCAGUGAGUGGGAUGAGACCACCUGCCCACAACUUGUUUGCCAGCAUCCACAUUGUUGGGCAACAGUCCAAAGGCUUCAGAGGGGCCAUCCUCGAAUUCUUCAACCAGUUUCCAGAGCUCCCAAGAAAAGUGAAGAUGGAUUGCCAACUCUCAAGAUAGUAGACUUAUCUUUACCUGAUUCUUCCAUUUUGGCCAAGAGAAUCACUGAUUCAUCCCAGUUCUUCAAGCAUCCUACUUCUUUAAUGGGAGACUCUAAAUUUGACUCGGAUUUCCAAAGCAGUUUGGAAGGACCACAUUUUUUAGGAUUCAAAUCCUUUAGAGACUUCCGUGGUCAGGGUUUUGCCCAGAAGCCUCGAAAACCUGUCAAACUCCCAGUGCUGAAUUUGAAUGCAACACAUCUUCCAAAAUAUCCAGAUGGUGGGAAUUUAGUUAUGGUAUGGAUCCCAGAUGAACAAGGGAAACACAAGAAACCUGACCAGAAUCAAAGGACAAAUUUGCUUAGAAUGAGCCCAGAUAAGAAGUCAUUUAUACCCUUGAAGAUCAGCAAAAUUAUACCAUGCCAGGAGUGGAGCAGCAGAAGAGCAGCUCAGAAGAAAAAGAAAUCAACACAUGUCCCUACUGGCGGGCAGCCCUGUUCUGCCCAGUUGAUGCAUCGAUGGCUAAAGGUGCCCCCACCAUCUCCAGUCACUCCACCUUCAUACUUGGAAUCUUUGCCUUCCUGGACCUUCACAGUCCCCAAGCAUUCAUUAAUAAGCUCUUUGUCUGAUGAAGAGAGAACAAUUUUGAGGAUGGACCAACUGGACAUAAUAAGUGAAGAGAGCCUUUUUCGGAAAGGGCAUCAAUUUAGAUUGUCCAAGACAAAGAUGAUUUUGGCUGUGCACAGAAUAAAACUUCAGAGUCCAGUGUUGAGAUAUCCAGCAAAUAUAAGAGAAUUACAUUCCAGAAUGCCCAAAGCAACUCCUAAGCUGAAGAGAAAAGGUCCCAAGAUUACAGCAAAGGAAACUGACAAAAUUGACAGAAAACCAAGUCUUUCAAAGAGUGAGAUAUUACAACCCUCAGAGAUGGAGCUCAAAGAGGAAUCAAAGAAGAGCAAGGAGCUUUUGGAGUUACAUCGAGUUUCCUUCAGUGACAUCUUCCUGCCUCAAAAAGACAGUUUCAUCUCAUUAAGUGAGGACAGCAUUACUGAGCAGACACAACUGUAUGAGCUUGAAGCCCAGGAAGUGGAACCAAAGGAAACUUCUAAAUCUUUCUUGGCCAUGCAUGAAAAUUUGAAGGAGGAAUCUCCACACCCCAUCCAGAUUCCUCAGACUUCUGACGAGCAAGAGGAAGAGCUGCUCACCCCACCAUCUAGCCGAGAGUGAGAAUAGGAUAUUGAAGAUGUCAGUUAUAC